AUGGUUGGCAUCAGGCGGUGGCAGUUGCUGGAUCUUGGUUGGCAUCAGGCAGUAGCGGUUGAUGGAUCUUGGUUGGCAUCAGGCGGUUCCUGGAUCUUGGUUUGCGUCAGGCAGUGUCGGUUGCUGGAUCUUGGUUGGCGUCAGGCAGUGGCAGUUGCUGGAUCUUGGUUGGCAUCAGGCCGUUGCUGGAUCUUGGUUGGCAUCAGGCGGUUGCUGGAUGUUGGUUGGCAUCAGGUGGUGACGGUUGCUGGAUCUUGGUUGGCGUCAGGCAGUGGCAGUUGCUGGAUCUUGGUUGGCAUCAGGCGGUUCCUGGAUCUUGGUUUGCAUCAGGCGAUGACAGUGGCUGGAUCUUGGUUGGUGCAGGCGGUGGCUGGAUCUUGGUUGGCGUCAGGCGGUUGCUGGAUCUUGGUUGGCGUCAGGCGGUGGCUGGAUCUUGGUUGGCGUCAGGCGGUGGCUGGAUGCAGUGGCAGUUGCUGGAUCUUGUUUGGCAUCAGGCAGUGGCAGUUGCUGGAUCUUGUUUGGCAUCAGGCAGUGGCAGUUGCUGGAUCUUGUUUGGCAUCAGGCAGUGGCAGUUGCUGGAUCUUGUUUGGCAUCAGGCAGUGGCAGUUGCUGGAUCUUGUUUGGCAUCAGGCAGUGGCAGUUGCUGGAUCUUGGUUGGCGUCAGGCUGUUGCUGGAUCUUGGUUGGCAUCAGGCGGUUGCUGGAUCUUGGUUGGCAUCAGGCGGUUGCUGGAUCUUGGUUGGCAUCAGGCGAUGACGGUUGCUGGAUCUUGUUUGGCGUCAGGCAGUGGCAGUUGCUGGAUCUUGUUUGGCAUCAGGCAGUGGCAGUUGCUGGAUCUUGGUUGGCAUCAGCCGGUUCCUGGAUCUUGGUUUGCAUCAGGCAGUGGCUGGAUCUUGGUUGGCAUCAGGCGCCGGCUGGAUCUUGGUUGGCAUCAGACGGUGGCUGGAUUUUGGUUGGCGUCAGGCGGUGGCUGCUGCUUUUGCUUCACAUCAUGGAUGCGAGGGGGCGCUGUCAGUCUGAGUAUAGACAAUGGAUCCAGGAAUUCUUCGGGAGACUCGCCCCGAGGCCCCAGACUCUCAGAUUGCUAGAGAAGCGCGGAGAGGCUAAGGAUGUGCAGAGAGCGCUGGGGAUGGAAAGAGUGAAGUUUCAGGCAACCAAGAAGGGACAUUCCCUGCGAUGGGAGAAGCUAAAUGCACAGGAGGCGGAGCUAAGAAAUUACAUAUUCAGAUUCCAGCAUGUCAUUGCGGAGACUGAAGUUAGGCGUCUGCAGGCAGGAAAGAAAGCAAAGAGGGAAGAAGAAAUCUGUAACCAGAAGACAGGAGAAGUGCGCCUCCUGCAGGAGAAGGAACGAUCACUCCUCAAGAGGAAGGAGAAAAUCCAGACCCAAGUGCAACAACACAGGAAGUUCUCUGAAUACAUGGAGAGCAUCGUGGAGGCCUCAGAAGAGUUCCAGGUCGCUAGUGAUGUCCUCAAUCGGUUCCACACAUUAGUCGCCACAUCCCAUUAUCUCCAGCAGUUGGUGCAGGAGGCCCAGGCGUCCACUGAGCAGAUAAAGGGGCAACUCUCCACCAUCAUGGAGGACAAGAGUGACCAAGUGCUGCAGCUCACCCACCAGCUGGGCCAACUGCGGGCCGCCCUAGAGGAGGCCCAGAACCGGCGACUGCUGUGGGAGACACGCUGGACGCACAUUCAGAACCUGGCCACAAAGAAGACCUUACUUAUUGGAACGAUAAAGAUGGCGGCACUGAACCUCUACCAAAGCAUCGCUCCCCCAGACAGGAGGACAGCCAUAGAUGACACCAUGAGACAGAUGGACAUGGUCCAGCAAUAUCUCCAGGAUCUGUCCGACAUCAACGAGGCCACACAACGCCAACUGAGAGUCCAGAAGAGCCAGAGCUCCCGAAACUUACCAAAACAACAAUAAAGAAUCUGAGUUUCCACAAGUAUCAGGCCACUUCACAGGGCUCGAUC